GUGGAACUACUUAGGGCAUUGCACAAAGAACUGCUUUAUCCAUUGGGAAAGUAAAUGGAAAAUAAUAGUAAUGGAGGAGGGGGUAGAGGAGUAGUGAAGAGAAACUGAAGAUAAUCUAUCUGGACAAAAGUGACCCAGAGUCUCUCUGGGCAGGAGACUUUUGGCAGGAACAUGCCAAAGCAUCAAAUAAAAAAGGAAGGAAUCAGGGCAUUUCAACAUUUGGGCCCCAGCAGUGGGAAAGAUAAAAAACCAGAAUCAGAGCAGAAGUCUCCAUCCAUCCGCAGAAUCCCCCCAGACUCCCAAGCUCUGUCUUUCACAGUCCUUCUGUCCAGCACUCUCCCUCCUGCUGAUGCUCAUCUUGUCAAUAGAGAAGGAAUCAGGAAGUUCACCCCAUGGGCUUUUCUCUUGAAUUUUUUCAGUGUCAUCAUGUGAGGGCAAUAAAGGGAGAUUCAUUGAGAGACAAGACAAACCUGUUAAAAUCUUUAAAAGUGUCUUUUUUAGUACAGAGAAAGAAAGAAGAAAUCAGAAAAGGACUCCUUGCCAAAGCACAAAAACAGUUCAUCAGGAAUUCUAAUUUCUCUAGUGUUAGUGGGAAUUACCCACCAACGAGAUUAAGAGACCAGCACCCUUUUAAUCAAAGGAUAGGGUAAAUAACUGGGGUCAGCUGAGGGUCCUUCCCACUGAGAAGAGCAAGGCAACUGUGAGAAGUCACUCCUUCCUGCAGUGCACAAUGCUGUGUUUUUAGGUUAAUCCUCUAAGGAUAUUAUAGUUACUUUGAAUGGUUAAUGAGUAGCUUCUAAAUGCCUGCUUCAUUUAAUUGUCCAAAGGCCAGUUGGUCCCAGAGUGUAUAAAGCUGUGAGCCAGCUAAUGAGAGCAUUCCCUCUGAGCAAGGGAAGCUGGGGAGUGGCAGGGUCAGGGAGCUGGGUUCCAAAGGAGCAGGGAUGCAGAACAGAACUGGUCUAGCUCUCUGUGCCCUUGUCCUCCUGAUGGGCUUCCUGACGAUCUGCCUGGGGGCCUUCUUCAUUUCCUCAGGCUCCAUAUUCAGCUGUCAGGGGCACCUAAUCCUGGCCUAUUUGUUUCUACCUCUGGGGUUUGUGAUCCUUCUGAGUGGAAUCUUCUGGAGCACCUACCUCCAGGCAAGCGAAAGCAAAGGAGUGUUCAGCCACGUGCUCAGACAACACCUUGCUGGUGGGGCCCUGCCCCUGGCCACAGUGGACAGGCCAAAUUUUUACCCCCCUGCUUAUGAAGAGGAUCUUGAUGCUGAAAAGCAAACCUGUCCUGCAGAAAGAGAGACCUUGGAUGCUCCUCCACCUCUGUACACAGAGAUGGGCCUUGAAUCUGAGGAUGGAAAUGAUGUCCACCCAGAGGCUCCACCACCCUAUGUUGAGUCUAUAGCAGACAGGAUGCUGACAGGCAAAGCCCAGAGUGUUGGAACUGGAGAAAUUCAGCACUUGUGAUGCCUACUCACGGGAUACAGCUGCUAAUAAUAAAUGCUGACAAGGGACUGUGGAGGAGGGAAGGCACAUUGGGGACCCUGCAUGAGAGCUCUGAGUGACAGCUAUGCAAUUCCACAGGUGUGCGUGCCUGAGCAAAUCCAGAAUGGGGGCCUUGGAAGGGCAUGGUCAGCACUAAGCAAACAUUUCAAAGGAUUUACACUUAUCUCAGCCCAGGUGAGCUUUUGGACUGCAAAAGUGUUGUUGCGAGAGCUCUGCUCCACAGAGGCUUUCUGCUUACAGAAACUCCCCUCCCAUCACCUCAGCCAACAGGGAGGAACAGGUGUGCUUGUCGCAACAGCCACGUGCCUUAUGUACUAUGCCUUCACGCCUUUGUGUCCUCACUCAAUAGUCACAAAGGGGAAGUACACUGGAAAUGAAGGGACACUGUCAUUUAAUGUGGGUUUUAUUGGCUGGUUUCAUAGUUAUCCCCAUUUACCUUAUUACCAUAUUGACACAGUAAUUCACAUCGUGGGAGAUUUGCCCUUGGAACCCAUGAAUUUUAUUUUUGUAUUACUUUGAUUAUGUGUAUUUUAUUUUUGUGUGAAAGUGACUAAUAUUUAUUUCAAAAUAUUUCAAACACAAAAUUUUAAAUGAGUGUUUUAAAAAUGGGUUGAUUACACAAGCAGAUCUGAUAAGAUUUCUCCAAGACUCAAGAUGAAUAUUUAAAAAUUCAUAAUUCAGAAAAAAAAACAUACUAACCAUGGGCUAUAUUAAUAUUGAAUUUGACUUAAAUCUUGAAAGAUUUUAAAAUAUACAUAUAUAUAUAUAUAUAUAUUUCCCCCUGUGAAUCUCUAGAAUUUGAAAGAAAGAACACUCACUAUAUUGUAGUACUUUGAGUAUUAACAGGAAAUUCUUUGUAUCUCAAGAUACAUGCAUUUUUAGACUUGGGACAUUUAUUUUAAAACCUAGUGAUUCCUCUUCAACUUUAUUAUAUUUUAUUAUAUGUUUUAAUACAAAAGGACAAAUUGGGUGGCAGGGUGUGGGAGGAGAUGCAGCCUGCUUUAGAGCUUGUAUAAGAACCACUGUAUCUCUGGGUCUCCAUUUCCUCUUCUAUCAAGUGAGGAAUUUAUGCUGGGAUUAAUAUCUAACAAUUUUGGAAUUCAUUUUAUAUAGCAGACUUUGUGCUAUGAAAUUUUUAUGCUUUUUAUUGAGCUUCAGAGAUAGGCACUAUGGUUAUUCCCACUUUACAGAUGCAUAAACUGAGACUGAGAAGUUAAGGAACUUUCCUGUAAUAGGAGGAUGAAGAAAGGUCCACAGAGAGGUAUGGCGGGCCAUGCUUAGCACAGACUCUUGUGCUAGGUUAACCCUGUUUUACUUGCCUCCUCCCAGGGAGCAGGUUGGACUUCCUUCCCCAUGAGAAAGUAGGCCCUAGCAGGAAGUGGAACACCAGGUUGAUGUGAUACCUUGAGCCCUUGGACAGGCAGCAGAGGUGCUCUAGGGUCACUUGCUAGGUUCUCUCUUAAAAUGUAAGUAAGUCCCCCAUGCUUUCUGCCUAACUGCUUGGCCCUCACCUCAUGGUGUAGGUUCAUCUCAUCAUUAUAGUGAUGAUGACAGAUGCUUCCUAAUGUAUCGACAGCCCUUGGUGAACGGGCACAGGUGAGGCUUUGGACAGUGGUGGGAAGGAUGAAGAGGCUUGUUGAGAUGGGGUGAGACCUCUGUAGCAUCUUCUUGCCAUUAGUGCUGAGUGCACAGAUUAAGCUGUCCUGACAAGUACAAAGGAAGCCACAGAAAAGGAAAUACAGGUCCCGUUACAUGAAGCAUGAAUUUGGGCUAGAUUUGAGUCCUAGACAUCAAGGGCAUAACUGGGUAUGAAAGUCACUUAUGGUUAUCCAAUAAGAAGGUGAUCAGUUAUUAGCAAUGCAAUUUAUUACUCCUCUCUGGUCAUCUCUUUCUAUCCCUCUACUAAGAUGGCUACCCUGGAGUCCUGGGUCUGAGCACAUUCACUGACCUCAACAAGCUCUAUCGCUGAGCUUUCAUCCAGAGUCUGCAUUUGUAAUAGAUGGUUUUUCCAACUAUUGGUAAUCACGUGAAACAAAUGUUAAUUAUAGUUUACAUAAGGAAAUUGUUUUAAUCUCUUUACUGCAACAAAUUUUGUACUUAAACAAUCCCCCAUUUUUGGCCAUUGUUUUGUAUCAGAAGAAAAAAGUCAGUAGGGGAACAGAAGUCAAACUUUUAUUCUCCAUGUGGAACUAACACUGCAUCCAGAUGCGUUAAUCUUUUUGCAAAUGC